UCUUUACUCUUUCUCUCUCAUAGUCGCGUUCCGGUACUUUGUUUCCCUCUCUUCCAAACUUCUUCAAAAACCAGCAAAAUUCCUUUUUCUUUGCCCUCUCCCAUGGCUUUCAACUUCCAUUUAUACCCCUUUAACCUUCUCUGAAUUUCCCAUAUCUUCUUCUUCACUUCCCAUCUUCUCUUUUUCUCUCUCCAAUUUUCAUGGAGUCUGACGCUUUUCCCACCAAGAAACAGAGCAAUGUAUUCCGAUUGAAGUGCUCUGUUCAGACUUACGAUUGGGGAAUCAGAGGGCAAGAUUCUCUUGUCGCUAGACUCUUCGCUCUGAACUCUGGAUCCGUUAUCGAUCCUGAUAAACCCUACGCUGAAUUCUGGAUGGGAACCCAUGAUUCCGGACCUUCCUUUUUAAUUCCCGCCGCUGUUGAGAAUGGCGGCCGGAUUGACUCCUAUUCAACUUCUUUGAAGUCAUGGGUGUUGGAAAAUCCCAAUGUUCUCGGUGAUAAGGUCGUCCAGAAAUGGGGUUCCGAUAUCCCCUUUCUGUUCAAGGUUCUUUCUGUGGCGAAACCAUUGUCGAUUCAGGCUCAUCCUGAUAAGGAAUUGGCCAAAGAACUUCAUAUCUUGCAACCUAAAGUUUAUAGAGAUGCAAAUCACAAACCUGAAAUGGCUCUCGCCAUUACUGAUUUUGAGGCUUUGUGUGGAUUCAUCAGUCUCGAGGAGUUGAAGUAUGUUCUUCAUACUGUUCCUGAAAGUGUAGAAAUGAUUGGCACUGCAGCCACAAACAGACUGUUGUUGUUAGAUGACGAAGACGAGGAAGAAGAUCUGAAGUCUGCUCUAAGGUUGGCUUUCACCCAGUUGAUGUCGGCUCCCAAAUUGUUGAUAUCGAAAGUGAUAUCAGAAUUGACGAGGCGACUGCACUCUGAAAGUGAGGUGAGGCAAUUAACUGCUAAGGAAGCUUUGGUUUUAAAUCUUGAGAAGCAAUAUCCAGAUGACGUGGGCAUUAUAGCAGCCUUUUUCUUAAAUUAUGUGAAGCUUAGUGCUGGAGAAGCCCUAUACCUUGGGGCAAACGAGCCUCAUGCAUAUAUAAAGGGCGAGUGUAUUGAGUGCAUGGCAACGUCCGAUAAUGUUGUUCGGGCUGGUCUAACUCCCAAGUUUCGUGAUGUCCAAACUCUCUGUGCCAUGCUCACUUACAAACAGGGCUUUCCUGAAAUCCUCCAAGGAGUUCCCAUGAAUCCAUACAUAACGAAGUAUGUUCCACCAUUCGAUGAAUUUGAGGUAGAUCGUUGUGCUCUUCCCAAGGGGACAUCUGUCUUAUUUCCAUCGAGCCCUGGACCCUCGAUAUUUCUGGUUGCUGGAGGAAAGGGGAUGAUGAUGCUGAAUGAAGAAUCAGUUGAAAGUGAUGUAAUUAGUGAAGGAGACGUCCUCUUCGUACCUGCUGAAACUGAGAUUAAUCUAACAAGUGAAGUUGAGUUGCUCAUUUUUAGAACAGGAGUAAACAACAAGUUCUUUGACACAUUCAUGAAUGGUAAAUAAUAGAUUGGCCUUCAUUCUUUUUUCUUGUAUACCCUUUUCUAAGAUAGUAGCAGUAGCUAAUAAUGAUGUAUAUUUUCCUUUCCUUUGUUCAUUAACUUGUAUAUGAGAAACUAUAUGUUUAAUAUUUGUUUAUUUGUUCUCUA